AUGGUAAUAAUGUUAGGAUCGAUACUACAGGAUCUGGAGCAGAAUCUUUUUUUACCAAGCGAUCUUAUUUCAACAUACAGAUCUGAAGUUGAUGGAUUGCUUUAUUGUAAGGUGAAGUAUGAUAUAGUUCCAGAUGCUUGUAUGUUGAAAUGCGGCUGUAUAGUGUCGGAACAACUUAUGAGAAGGGUAGAACGAGAGCUGGGAGGUGGGGUGCAGCAGGAUAUUUCAUGUCCUAUUUGCCAAUGUCGUGGUGUGUCACUGGUAGGUCCGAUUCUACCAUUGAGGUCUCUGUACCAUCAAUUGCAAUUCUACCGAACCAACCAGACACGUGAACUGCAGGAUACAGGAGAUCGCGAGUCAGUUAUUAGUACGGAGAUCACAGCGAAGACGGGGAAGCAGCAGUCGCUGCUUUCAUUGUUCCACAAGGCUGCUACGAAGAUUAGUAAUGUCCCGGCUGUGAUCAACCACAACAAGGACAUAGAAACUUUACCCUCAACGGCCGCACUUCCAGUGGGAUGUAAUGGCGGUACUCCGUCUGUUCCAACUGGAGCGCUAAUAUUAGAUAGCGCUUCUAACGCCAAGACUUUAUCUUUACAGGACCAUGAGUUGAAUAGUGUGCGAUCGGGCGUGCAUCCCACAAUUUCGCUCUCUUUGCAAUUGCCAAAGUCAUUAUUGGAUGAAGAGAGAGAGUUUUAUUUUGCAAAAUGUUUCCCUAUGUAUCGAAAACGGAUGCAGUUUAAUACCCAUCCAAAGUUCUUGAAAACCAAGUCAAAGCUGUUCAUCAACACUUAUAUAUCGAAUGAUUGUGCUAGAUUUGCACUGAUCUCUGAAACGAAAUGGGAGGUUUACAAUAUAAGAAAUACAGAAGAACCGGAACUUUUGUGUUGUGGAAACGUUUCUGGGGACUAUGGACCAGAUUUCAAUAAUCUAAAGAAACCUGUAGAUCAGAAACAGGUUUUAUAUCCAAAAACGAAUGAAUCUUCUGACUCAUCAACAAACCUUAACCAGGCUGCUUUGAGAAAUUGGGAACAUCUGUACUGUCGAUUGGCUAAAGAUGUAUUUGUAAUCUCGGGGACUAAGGGCUACUUUCGUGUAUUUGACCUUUCCCAAGGGGGUAAACCGGUAUUUACAUAUUGUUCUUCAUUUCCGAUUCGAUGUAUCGAUCUCGACCCGAGCGGUUCGAUUAUUUCAUGUGGCAUUACAGGGAAGGAUAAGACUAGUGAUACCGAACAAGCUUUAAUAUUAUUUCAACAUAUAGAGAGGAAAUCCAGUGUCCUUCAGUUCUCAUCUCAGCUAACUAUUGCUUUACCCUACCGGGAUCCUAUUAACACGCUGCAGUUUUCUUCUGAUGGGAAGUAUCUGUCUUGCUCUACAGCACUGGAAUCACGAUUUCUUGUAAUAUCAUUAAGAAAAUCCAACGAGCCAAGGUUAGUAAUGAAGUCUUUGAGAUCGAUUGAUACAUCCUUGGAGUCAGAGGGCAUAACAGCCACAAAGAUGUUUCCAGAUAAUCCCAAUUUGAUGUGUGUCACAUCUGUUGCCUUCAAUUCUCCUCCAAUUGUGAUUAAUACGAAGAUUGAAACCAUAAAUGGUGUCCAAACUGUUGCACAACCCACAAUGCUAAUGCGUAUAGAUGAAGUUGAUUCGAAGAUUCAUAAUUGUGAAAUAUCUCCCCGAAGUGACGCCAUAGCAUUUGUAGAUAGAAGUGGUACGGUUUAUUUGUUAUUUGCACCAACAAUGACUGAGAAUGAAACGAGAAGGAUAGUAACCGUAGAUGUUGUAGCUAAUGCAUACCGUGCACGUGAAGCUGCGUGCAUGCGGUUCAGUCUAGAUGGUCAUAAACUAUAUCUUGUGGACAGAAAGGGAAUUCUCUACGUAGAGGAUUUUGCAUUUGCAUUACCGCAAAAUCAUGAAGUUACCAAAUGUAAACAAAUAAAUUAA